AAGAACCGUGUACGCUUUGCCAUUAUCGUCAGAACGGGCGUAGUGCACACAUUUUCUCAGGGGACGCGUCGGAAAAAACGUCCCGACGUAACCGGCCCGGUGGCCGCUCUCAGGUUUUUCUCUGCUCUAACUUAUUGCACUAGUUCCGCAGUGCAUCUAAAAAGAACAGACCAAUUAUCGUUGAUCUUCAAUUAAUUCCGGACUCCUUGGGGCCCCUUGGUUGAUACGAAAAUUUAUCCAGGGCUGUCAGUCUUUUUACUACCUCGUCGGUAUAACUACCUUAUAAUUAUACAAGGAAUAUAGUGAACGACACAAAAUUAUUUUAUAAAAUUUCCAGUAUAAAAAUGAAUACUCUGAUUCCAAAAGUGGAACGUUUCACUUCUGAUGCUAGAUUAGCAUGGAAAGCAUUAAACGGUAUAGUUGCCGUUUAUAAACCACCAACGGUCACGUAUUGCAAUGUACGAGAUACCAUAAUUAUUCAUCUCUGCAAAAAUUUGAACAAUAUGCACAUACGUCCACCGAUUAACCACGUACUCAUAGAGGGUAGUACAACAGAGAAAAUGAAAGUAAUUGUCCAUCCGAGCUAUGCGGAUCAUCAAUUAGUAGUAGGACCACGGUAUCAAAUUGAGGAUAUCAAACUAGCAUGUGCUAAUUACUUAGCCAAAGAUGUAUCAGGUCUUAUGAUAUGUGGCAUUAACAGUGGUAACAGUAAAAUCCACCAGUUGAAACUUUGUCAGUUUCCAAGUAGUUACAAGGUUAGAGGCAAGUUAGGGCAAGCAACAGAUAAUUUCUUUUAUACUGGGAGAAUUGUUGAAAAAGCUACAUAUAAAUUUAUAAAACGUAAAACAAUUGAUAAGUUGUGUGCCUCUAUGCAGGCUGAACAUCAGAAGACAAUGUUUGAAUUAUGUGGAGUUGAUAUGCAAAGUCAGGCUGCUUAUGAAUUGGCUACAAAAGGUUUAAUAAGACCCGUGGAUAAAAAGAUUCCAAUGAUAUAUAGCAUAAAGUGUAUAGAUUUCACACCACCUGAAUUCACGUUAGAAGUCGUUAGUAUAAACGAGGAUGACAUGUACCUAAAAUCUUUGAUUCAUACUUUAGGGAUGAAGCUUCACAGUGUUGCUACAUGCACUCAAAUACAAUGUUUUCAAUACGCUUUAUUCGAUAUAAAUCUAGCUUUAUUGAAAAAACAUUGGAAUAUACAAAAUAUUUUAGAUAACAUGGAGCAGUGUGACAAUAUUCUCAAUAAAAACAAAAAUUUAUUGAAACAAAUAGAUCCGAUAUUGACAAAACAAAAUAAUUGAUUGAAAUGAUCUCAAAGCUGUAAAUAUAUGACUGUAUAAAUCUAUUUUA